UUGGGAUGUUCUUAAUUCUAUACUUUUCCUCCUCCGCGGCUUGUUCGUUGUGUGGUGGGGUGGAAAUGAGGCAUGUCGUGAGAGUUGAGUGUAACGAUCAGUUUUAUAUCUACCAGAGUGAUAAUCCCUCUUCUUUCUGAUGUAGUCUUUAUCGCUGGGGUAAGGAAAGUGACAUCUUUAUCGGCGCUCAGAGACAUGUUAAAAAUUCUCCCCCACACGUGCGCCACCAUUCCAUUAAAGUUCACUGUUAAAAUACAACCGGAGAAAUUGAUUUUUAUUUCAUUUUUUGAAUUACUGUAAAUUACUUGAUAUUUGAUUUGUUGCACACUUGUAAAAAUGUUAGCAAUGUCUUUUUCAUGUUUAUCUAUUUUGGUGAAACAAGAUGGUUCAUUACGAAAUAAUUCACUUGCACUUUGAUCGUAUUCCCGCAUUUCUUAACUUUUUAUCGGGAGUUCUUGCAUUAAUUCUGAUGCUCAUUCAUUUAAACAAUGAUUAAUUCAUCAACAAGAAUCAAAAUCUUAAUGCAGUAGAGAACAUUUUAUGCUUUUGAGUUACAGAUGCGCAUGUUUUAAAUCUGGAUAACAGUUUUUGUAAAAUUUUCAAUGAAAAAGUCGGUUUGGGUGGUUUUUCUUAUCUAGAUUCAUGCAUGGAUUUCAUUGGUUGAUAUAAGAAACAGUUGUCACAUUAACACACGAAGACAACCAAUCAUAUCGCAGACUUUAUCUCGUUCUUUUGACGCGAUAAACAGCACCCAAACUUUCCAUUUUCACAGAAUGCCUAAAAAUUCGGUAUAUUUCAGCAGCAAUUCUGUAGAAUUUGUCCUUAUGAUGUCGGAAUUAUGUUCUGAUGUUCAGUGUCCUAUAUUUCGUGGAGUGGAUUUCGCCUGAGUGAACAUGUUCUCUACAAGCUGUGGCUCAUUUUUGUCCCAAUACCCUGGGACAAUCUGGGCUUUCCCUCAUCUCAACAGCUCCUAUGCCGUAGCAUCUAGAAAGAAUCCCUCGUUUCGGAUAUCGGAUAUAUUAGAUGUUCAAAGUCCAUCUCUGCCUUUCCCCGUAUACAAAGUUCCGGAUACCUCGGACGGAGGGUCGGGGUGCCGCACCCAGUCCGCCCUCGGACCCCUUCAGGCCUUUUGUACCUCCAAACGCGUCCACAGUUUUGUGUCCGAUUCCUUGACGACCAGGAACGUGGAACAGAGACCUUCAAAACAACUCAAGUUCGGAAUUAAUGCGAUAUUAGCGGAGGACUUCGGGAAAAAAUCCUCUGAAAAAGAGGACAAGGUGCAGACUCGCUAUCCCGGGGGUGGAGCCUGUGGCUGUGAGAACCAGAAUAUUCACUUUUAUCAUAGGGGAGGGUUGUUUCCGUCCCAUGGAAUCCUGCCUCAUCUGACGUCCCCACCCUACCCGCUCUCGCCCUCCUCUGCCGUGGACUCUUUGCCAGGCCCGUACUCAAUCUUGAAUGAUGACGUCAGUUUAGGACAUCACUCCAAGAGAAAGCGGUCCUGGUCCCGUGCGGUGUUUUCCAACCUCCAGAGGAAGGGGCUGGAAAAAAGAUUUGAGGUCCAGAAAUACGUCACCAAGCCCGACAGACGACAACUGGCCGCCAUGUUAGGGCUCACAGACGCACAGGUCAAGGUUUGGUUUCAAAACAGAAGGAUGAAAUGGAGACAUGCGCAACAAACAAAGGAUAAAUCGAGUGUCGAUGGUAAAAGUUCGGAGGCCCUCACGGAAGAACCAAUGACCAAUGAUAUCGAUAAUACUGAUAGUGAAGACGCCAUGGAUGACGUCACUGACGAGAGACUCAAUGAUUGUGAUGACGAUGACAAAGAUUCCUAGAGAAUCUGCCCUCUCUGCUGUUGAUUUAUUUCUUUAAUAAAUGUAUUUUUUGUUUGU